GCACACUUAUUAGUACCACCCACAAAACACUUGGCCUGGGAUCUAUCUACGUACUCAGCUUCCCAGUGCAAUCAAGUGCGUACUUGAUGAAAUGAGGAUCUUAAUCUUAUUAUCCUACCGAAUGUGAAUCAUGGCAGAUGUUCUUAUCGCUGCUGUGCAACACCAAUAGGCCAUUCACUAGACAAUGCAUUCAGUGUUAUCAGCCUUCUCUCACUACAAACUCAUCGUAUAUGAAAUUAUCACUAUGGCACGUCCCUGUCACCGCUCGUGACGUCAGUCUCAUCUUUGUUGACUCUCCUGGGUAUCGGCUUCGAAGAUGUCGGACUCAACAACAAUCAACAACACGCUCGCCAGCCCAAUCGGGUCCCUUGCCUCCAGUCCCGGCAGCACCCUUGCUUCCCAAUCCGACUCUCCUCGAGCGCGGCUGAGCGCCAGCAGUGGCUUUGGCUUCGCCUCCGCCUCCGCCUGGUCUGAGAUCUAUCAGAAUGAGCCUGAGAAAGCUCCGGCCACGCAGUUGCUGAGUAUUAGCGAUAAUCCCGAUCAUCUCGAAAUUGAUACCUCCAGCCCUGAGGAGCACAGCCACUUCAGUGACGACAGCACCGACAGCAUGGAAGACUACGAUAUCGUCAGUGGAGCGAGCUCCCCAAGCUCCCUGUCCUUCCAAAUCGUUGAGCCAGAACGCGAAAAGCUCUACCCGAUCGCCAUCACCGUUUUCGUGGGAAGUCCACGUGCUCAGAAAGAUCGACCCGUCCAUCUCAGCUGCAUUGUACUCACAUCCGAUUGGCGCCAGGACUUUUUCCCGAACUCGUGCAAAAACAAAGCCGACAAGGCAGUGAAAUGCAAAGACAUCAUAAAGUACAACGAGCAGUGCCUUCCUCAGAUUGCCAAAUUUGCCUGUGCAAUUUGCUCUGAGCCGACUCCCGCCCGCAAAUUCGUGCACCAGCCCAUUAUGUUCACACGGACUAGCAAAUCCGGACUGGAGGAUGGAGCUCGACGCCGGCUGAUCAUGCGAUUGGGACAGCUUGUUCAUAGUCGGUGGAGGUUCCCUGAUAUGAAUGCCACGCUUGGAGGUGCAGCGGAAGCUCAGGUCUUUGAGGUUGCCAUUCCGGUGUGCAAGAGGUCAGGCUGCGGCAUAGCAGGUCGGACGUCUGCCCACCAACUCAUCCGGGCCAUUGUUUCGUCCAACGCGGACUUGGAUCCCUCAGCAUUGGACCUCGACAUAGUUAUUCCAUUGGCUGAUUUAGGAGCCGGUAUAGGAGAUUGGACACCCGACAGAGCAGAAAUUUUGGUGACGAAGCUCGGACCGGACUGUGUGCCUCUGGAGGUACGCAGCCAUGUCGAAGCAUGAUAGCUGGUCAGGCUGGGAGUUUGGUUAUGAUCUACGACUUCAACGCGGUAGAGAGACGGCGUAUGAGCAAGAUGGAGUUACCACAGAGAAACAUCAUAUCAUGAAAUUAUGACUUGGGGGAAUAUUGGUGGAUUUACGACUGACGAACGGCCUGAAAUGAAAGACGCGACAGAUAGAAG